AGUUUCUCCGAAACGCAAUUCGUUUUGGCUGUCUCCAAUUGAACGACACCGGCAAAACGAGGACGGCGGAGCUGGAGCACACACCACGCUCGGCCAGCUUCCAGAGAGAAAAAUGGCGGCUUCGUUCAAGUGGGUACUCCAACUUCACAGGGACGUCCCUAAAGCUGCUCGUUUCUAUUCGCAAGGCCUCGAUUUCACCGUCAAUGUCUGCACUCUCCGGUGGGCCGAGCUCGAGUCUGGCCCUCUCAAACUCGCCUUGAUGCAAGCGUCGAGCGAUCACGUUGUGGAGAAGGGAUAUUCUUCACUCUUGUCGUUCACGGUCGCCGAUAUCAACAGUACAGUGACAAAGCUAAUGGCAUUAGGAGCCGAGCUUGAUGGUCCCAUCAAGCAUGAGCUCCACGGGAAGGUUGCUGCUAUGCGGUACUUAGAUGGUCACAUGGUAGGCCUUCAUGAGCCUGCAUAAGAGUUCCAGAGUUGAAUAUUUCUGAUUGAUGAACCGUUUGACCAACAGGACUUCACAGCCGCUCUACUAGCACAUUCAGUUUCUCUGAAGACAUCAGAUCCCGAAAUCUUGUUCUUUUCUGUUUCAGUCCCAUAAUGCUCACUUUCUGUUCGUUCAUAUUUAAGACUCUGCUGCCCAAAGUCAUUGAGUGAACAUGCCUGAAGUAGUUGCAACACACAGCAGUGAGCAUGAUAGCGAGCAAGUGGGGGUUUAUGCUGAGCUUUAGUUAACUUCCCACCUACAUGAAGGUAAUAUUGCAAAGUCAUUUUUCUAGAGAGAAGAUGAAACGCUUCUAUUUUUAUCUUCAAAGUUGAAUGAUUACUGUCUUUUGUCUUCCUUUUGACUUCAAACUCUGGUCUUCGAGGCAGGCAUUGAAAUCAUAAAUGAUGAUUCUUAA